UGCCCUCUCGCUUCGCUGCGUUUCGCUUUCCUCUCUCGAUCGAGCUUCAAACCCCGACGAUGGUGUUCUACUUGCUGAGCUUCACGGCGGAGCUGGAGAACCUCACCAACCUCCAGCCUCGUGAUGGCUGUGAUGAUCCCAACUACGUCUACGGAUUCAAGCUGAAAUGCGAGAACUGUGGUGAGGUGACGCAGAAGGAGACGUAUGUUACCCUAUCUGAGACCGUGUCCAUUCCUAAUAGCAAAGGAACCGCAAAUCUUGUUCAGAAGUGCAAGUUGUGUGGUAGGGAUGGCACAAUUCAAAUGGUUCCGAAGUAUGGAGAACCAUUGACCCUUGAUGCCAGCCAAAAGGAAGCAUUAGCCAAGUUGAUGGUUUUUGAGUGCCGGGGCUUUGAACCAAUAGAUUUCAUAUUUGGAGAUGGAUGGGUUGCUGAAUCUACAAGUGGCACUAAAUUCGAUGUUGAUUUAUCCGGAGGGGAGUUUGCUGAGUAUGAUGAGCAAGGAGAAUGCCCUGUUGGAAUAUCCAAUCUCCAAGCUAAGUUUAAAGUGGCAAAGAAGCAGGAAAGGUAUGGCAGGACAACCUAUGUCUGAACCAUUUUCUUCAAAACAUGGAGAUAUAUACAUACUGUGAAGAAACUAUUAUUUCCCACCUCAUUUGCUUCGGCUUUCUGUCAUCCUGCUUGUGUGCUGAUAUAAUGAAUGUUCAGGGAUUCUCCGUGUGCCUGACUUGUUGGAUCGUUUGUUUAAAUGAUCGUACUCUAGGCUUGUUGAUGCAAAACAAUGUUGAUGCGAAACAAAGCUAAAAAAACACUUCUCACUGGUAUACUGCUCAUUGUUCAUAAAUGUUACUGAGGACAUUUGUAAUUGAAAUCUUGUCCUAAAUGUUGCUGCCUUUGCCAUAAA